AUGUUAUCAAGAAAGUGGUGGUUAGUUUUGUCGGCGUUAGUGGUAGCUGCUGCGGCCACGAACAUCCAUAGGUUCGACCAGGACGAUAUCGAUGGAGAAGACGACGAGGGCUUCGAUGAGUACGACGAAUUUGAGAGUAAUAACGUCACUAGUGUUGGCGGAAGAAAGGGAAAAAUACUGUUUCCUUUCGUGAGUAUCGUGCGGUUCGCCAACACGGAGUGCUCGACUGCCAACUCUAUGAACGGCACGUGCCUCGCGCGGCGGGAAUGUAACAACCUUAACGGUACCAUCACGGGCACCUGCGCCACGAGGAGAGGACGGUGCUGCGUCGUGUCCCGUACUUGCGGAACUACGACAAAUGUGAACAACACUUAUUUCACGAGCCCUGGCUACCCGGCCGCGUACGCCGGUGGUCCAGCCUGUUCCAUGAUCGUAAACCGUUGCAACGCCAACAUCUGUCAGCUCCGCAUAGAUUUCCUGGAUCUGGUGCUAGCACAGCCUGAUGGUGACGGGAACUGCGUGACGGACUCCAUAUCAGUGACAGGAGGAAACACCAUUGUGCCACUGCUAUGUGGUGAUCUCACCGGCCAGACUAUCUUCGUGGACUUCAACGGGAACACGGCUAUCACCAUCGUGGUCACUGCCACCCUCGCGACCACCUUCGCUAGGAGAUGGAACAUUAGGCUGGUUCAGCUUGGAUGCGACUGUCCUGGAAUAGCGCCAAACGGUUGUCUCCAAUACUACACUGGAAUAACGGGAACUAUUAACAGCUUUAACUACGGGACCGCGGCGAACACAGUGCUCAGCGCCUCCCUGGUGACAGGCACGCGGCAAAUUGUCAACUUGAACUAUGGCAUAUGUAUCAGAAUGGAGGCCGGCUACUGUGCCAUACAAUAUUCACAGGUUGCAGGAGACGCAUUCUCAUUUACAUUGACGGGAGACGUGGAAGGCGCUGACAACACGGUACUGGGCACCCAGCUGGGUGCAGUGAACGGCGCCAACUGUCUCACCGACUUCGUGGUUAUACCCAACCCCACAGUAGUCGCCACCGCCUUAGCUGCAGGCACAGACCGCUUUUGCGGACUUGGUUUCGUUCCAGUGCAGAGUGGAGCUAAACCAUUUGUACUGUACGUGGUAACUAACGCUAACGAGGGCGCGACGGCUGCCACUCCGCCCGAUAUCGCCAACAGAGGAUUCUCUCUAACUUACACUCAGAUAGCCUGCUGAUCUAUCUACUUCAUGUACCUAUUGUAUCUCUACCUAUAAUAUAAUCAUAGAAUGUUUUAAAAAGCAGAGGUGCACCCCUAAUUUACGAUGAGAUAAAAAUACAGUAGCACCAGAAAAUUUAUAUAAACAAUAAUCACCGAAAUGCAUGUUCUCUCGAAUGGCUGUAGUGUUAUUAGGACAAAGUUCUAAGACAAAUAACUGACGCAUUUAUCGAGAACACUGGGAAGAAACACCCAUGCGAAGCGGGGGUGGCAUUAUAAUAGAAAACAAAAUUAAAAGCAGAUCAUUUUACCAAAUACUUAAAAGCUUGUAUACGCUACUCGGGUUUCUAACAAAGUAACUUGCCGUACACUAUUGUUUACAAGACAAAGGCAGACUGCUUACAAGGGUAGAAUCUUAAAAGCAUACAGAAGGCUAUUGUGUAAUGACGUAGGUAGCCAUUCGAAGUACCAUGCAAUACUAUGACAAGAUAUGUAUGGUGUACCUAUAAAUGGUUAAUGCGUCAAUGUCUAGCAACUGCAACUGGUUCGGGUUUCUUAUAAAAGGGUUAUUUGAAAGGAUGACUUUAACUCAAGUCAAACGUUAUCGUUUUCUUUUCGAAUUAUCAUAAAAGUAUAGAUAUUAAUGUACUUAUGUUUAAGUUUAGCAAUAAAAUAUAACAUUAUCUACGUAAGAAAAGGGUGAUUUAAUUUCUCAUACUAUUUCCAACUCCAAAAUGGGCCUACACUGUAUUGUCUUUUUAUUUUUGUGCCCGCGAUUUCGUCCGCGUGGAAUUGUGAUUCACAGCUCCUCUCCUGCAGGUGAUAGUGUGUAGCCUAUAUGUUGACCCGUCCUGUUUGUAAUAUUCAUGCAAAAUUUAAAGUUAAUUAAUGAAGUACUUUUUGAGAUUAGCCAGGACAGACAAACAGACCAACAGAUAAAAUUUUAAAAAUUAUAUUCUUGGCUAUGAUAUCGAAUAAAGACAUACUCCGCGCCGCUUCUUAAAAAAAAUUAAUGUACAUUUUGACUUUCCUACGAUUUUAUAAUAUGUACAGGCACAUACAGACACAUACAUAUACAUUAAUUUAUUCAGAAAUUAACAUAUUGCAACUAAUAUCCGAUCAAUCCAAAACGAUCGAUCUCUAUAUUGAACAGAAAUUUAAUAGAUUAAUAAUGUCAAAAAUCCAAAGACAUCAGUAGCGUGCAUAGUGCAGAUAGCUAAUGCGCGGCAGGUUAUUAUACCAUCCAUGGUGGUAUUCGAGGUCACGAAAACUUGUACAGAGCACCUAGUGCCUCUAUUGUGGCGUGUGGACGGGCAUUUCCCUCAUUUGUACCGCUACAUAAUCGUUAUGAAGGAAGAUUACAAAAAAAGUUGAAGUAAAAAAUAAAAACCAUAAGAAAUAAAUAGUCAUGUAUUUAAUAACAACUUUAACUAAACAAUAAAAUCACAUGUUAACAUAUUUAACUACUCUCUUCUAAUAGGUAUGUAGAAACAGGCACAAAAAUAGAUCGCCUGCACCCGCGAUAUGGUGCUGACUGAUAAUUAGGCUCCUCCGUGUUUAUGACUUUUCCAUAAAACAUAACAACAUAUCAUAAUAAUAUAUACAUUUACUGUCUCGCUAGUAUUUAUUUACAGUGUAAAUAGCGUUAAGUAACGUUUAAUUAAAUAAGAAAUACUCUCAGAAGGCACAGUAUCUUAUUAAACAAUUAUGAAUCCAAAAUUUAUAUUAAACAGGAUAUGUUGUUAUAUUCAAAAUAAGAAAGAAAUGGAGGACUUGCAAUAUAUAAAAAUGUUGCCAUUAAAAUGAAGGAAUAUUCGUGCUCAAUUUCUUUUAGUAAAAAGACCGCAUUACAACAUUGGAUUAGUUUCAUAUUUAAUCUCAUAAAGCGUAUGGAUAGUAGAGAAGACAGACACCUUGUAAAUUGGCAUAAUAAAGGUAACAUUUUGACCCACAGUUAACAUUUAUCACCUUUUUAGGCCAAUUUUAAAGACUACUAUGAUUUAUUAAGAUUUCACACGCUUUACGAGUCUGGAAGUUAGAUUUGUUCACUUGCUCAAUCGUCAUUCAAACAAAAUUAAGAUCGCAGCCAAGAGUAAAAUGCAAUUUUAAAUGGCAUUGUUCUUAGGUGCCCGCUCUCUCUUUUUAAAAACUGUAAAACUAACCGCAAAUGUUUAUUAAACUGUCAAACACCAAGCGGUCACCGGUGACCGCGACCUAUUGUUCUUUAAUACGCUAGUUGACAGGUAGUCAAAUUCAAUAUAUUUAUUGAAAUGUCAAAAACGAUACUUUUCUAUGAAUUUUGUAUUGGAUCGCAACUUAUGACGUCAUCAUAUUUCUGCGUCAAAUAGCAUACUUAUUUCCUUAAAAUUAGCGAGAAAAAAUCCAAAAGUAAGUAAAUUGUCAAAUCAAUGGAUGAGAGUAUGAUUAUUUUUUAAUUAUUUAUUGCAUUGAAAAGUUGACACAAUUUGUUUUAAACCUAGGAAACUAGCCAAUUGUGUCUAUAAAACCGGUACUCGACGAGUUAAAUGACGUACACCUUAUCGUGUAUUAUAACUAUUGAUGUCAAAAAAUAAUGCAAUACGUAUGUAUGAUGUCGUCUAGUCGUCAGGUACUAAUACAUAGCUAUAGUAACAAGUUAUUUAAACCGAAAAUUUAUUCUCUUAUACCUUCUCACACAUGACAAAAAGCGUUUAGGAACGUGCGUGGGGUUUACCCAAAUCUCACCAGACUUCAUGUGAGUGAGGCACUGUUUUAAAAAAAAACAUUUUUGGCAAUAAUUUAUUAUUAACUAACUGUUGUCCGCGACUUCGUCCGCGUAAAAUAUGAUUCCAAUUUUAUCUCAUGGCACGAUCAUCAUUGUUCCCGAUUGAAGCUGGGGUGCCUCAGGGCUCGGUACUAGGUCCUGUAUUAUACAGCCUGUUUACGUCAGACCUACCAACUACAGAUGAUGUCACUGUUGCUACCUAUGCUGAUGACUUAGCCUUUCUAGCAGUGGACAGUCAUGCCACAAUAGCGAGUGAAAAACUUCAAAGACUUCUCAAUUACACCUCAGAUUGGCUUAGCAAAUGGCGUAUCGAAGCUAGUGCCCAGAAAUCGACCCACAUAACCUUCACACUGCGAAAAGGAGACUGUCCCCCGGUGUGCCUGAAGAAUAACAUAUUACCUCAAACGGAAUGUGUCAAAUACCUGGGUUUCCACCUUGAUAGACGACUAACAUGGAAAAGUCACAUAAAGGCAAAAAGAGACCAAAUCAACCACAAAUUUAGAAGUUUAAAUUGGAUGAUGGGUAGAAAUUCUGCGCUCAGCAUUGACAACAAAAUUUUAAUCUAUAACUCCGUACUGAAACCUAUAUGGACAUAUGGUAUUCAGUUGUGGGGAGUAGCCAGCAAAUCUAAUACAACAUGCAUACAAAGGGUCCAAAACAUUAUCUUGAAAAACAUUGCAAAUGCUCCGUGGUUUACGAAAAAUGACGAAAUUCACGAGUACCGCGACCGCUAUAAAAAACAACAUCGUGAGCGUCUCGCCCACCACCCCAAUCCACUGGUCAUGGAAUUACUUGACAAUGCUAAAAUCGUAAAAAGGUUAAAGCGACACCUUAUAAUAUAAGUGACAACAGGCAUUGGCCUGUUGUACUCAAAAGCCACAUCCCACUUCACCACAACUGAUUAUAGUCUGGCGACUGAUUGCAGAUAUACAAAUUAAAAAAAAAAACAAAAAAAAAAUUAUCUCAUAGAAGCAUUUAAUCGGGAUAAAAAGUAUUCUAUCACCUAAGUCAGCCCAUACCCUGCUCGUAUACCAAAUUUCAUCACGGGAAUUAAUAUUAAUUUAGAAUGUCUUGAGAAAAUUUAUUUUUACGUUGUGUAGCGCUGAUCCAAUAUUUGUCAACCGAUUUCAAAAAAAAUGGAUGAGGUUCUCAAUUAGACUGUAUUAUUAUUAUGACGUUUAUUUUUGGGUGGUAUGUUGUGAACAGGUUUGUUUUUAUAUAGUCCAAGUUAUAUCAUAUUCUUCAGACUCAGUCACUAUCACCACAUACCCAGCAGUCUAAAACUUGUUGUCAAAUAUACAGCAAAUAUUCAGUAGACUUCGUAUACGUUACACAGAUCACCGACAUAACGUUACAUCCGAAAACUUGAAGAUCAAAACGUAGUUUGAGACCUUAUAUUAUAAAUAUGUCUAGAUAGAGCGCCGCUAUAAAAUGCAUCAAAAAUGGCGUUGCAAAAUUCAUUGCGUGCGGCUUCUGGUUUACACGGUGCAAAAAUGAUACCAGUUACGACAAAAAUUCUCUCAUCAAAUUUCUAUUUCCCAUAAAUAUUUGAAGACAUUUAUAGUAGACCAGUAAAAUAACUGUAUCCUCCAUCUCUUUGAAUUUGAUUUGAAAGUUGUUUUUGGAGGACAUUACGUUGAUAUAAUGUAUAUAUUUUGUCAUAUUUUAUAAGUUAUUUAUUUUCCGUAUGAAAACAAAUUAUUAUUAUUUCUAUAAAAUCAAUUUAUAAGAUAUGUUGCACCCUAUCCAUUAAAAAUGUAAUUAAAUCGGUUCAAACAUUUCAAAAUAGCUAUCGAAAAUCAAAACGAACGCGUUAAAGCUCCGCGUCUCUUUAUAUCUUUAACUUAUUUUAUAGAUUCGGUAAAACGUUAGUCGAUAUAGUUUUUAUCACUAAAACCUUACGGGAACGGGCAAUGUACUGGUAAAAUCUUUCAUCUACCAUCUUUCAUCUUACAAUAAAUCUAACUUAGGCACUGAAUCGAUACUGAUGACAUUUCUUACAGCCGUAGAAUAUCCCUUCAGUCAUUCUUCUACGCGGACGAAGAUGCGGACAACAACUAGUCUACAAAAAAAAAUCGAUUCUCGUGAAUCAAUUAGUUUUUUUUGUCGACCUACAGACAACAUUUUUAUGACAAGCGACUCCUAUCUAAGCCAGUGGUUCCCAACCGACAGUCCGUGGACCACCACUGAAAGUAUGUAAAGGAAAGGAGCCACUAAUAACUCUGGAGUAAAUCUUAGUGUAGGACCACGUGAAAAAGUAAUAGCAAUAGUGGUCCCUAACCUAACAAGAACGAUGUCAGUGGUUUUUGACCGAGAAAAUAUUGGGAACCACUGAUUUAGACAAUUAAAAUCUCGAUAACUCGAACCGGGUUAAAAUUAUUGUAAUAAAAUAAGAUAAAACUAAAGCCAUUAAUUCCAAAAUGUUUUAACUGUAACACAAACGUAAACUUUAAUUUGGCUGAGAUGUUAUUAUACUGUAUACAAUAUAAUAUGUAUUACGAAAAUGUUUAAUUUCCGUUAGCCUUUUACUGUUAUACAUUUUAUACAAUACGUAUGUGGUGACCACAGCCUCUUUUCAGUUCACGAGACAAAAACAAUAUCUCCAUUUACUAUUUACAUUCAAAAUACACGUGCUAAUUAUACUUCGUUUUCUCACAAAAUAUGGAACCAAUAAAAGCUCAUAAAAUUGUCUAGCCGAGCUAUCGAGAUUGAUUUAAUGAAGGAAAUGUACAACUACAUUAUUCGAAUAAAUACAAAUUAACAGUUUCAUUACGAAACUCUAAUUUACAUAAAUCUCAACAACGUAAUAACAUCACUAGGAACCAAUUUUAUUGCAACUGUUAUAAUAAUAGUAUUAUAUCUGUAAAACGUUACAUAAUCGAUAGACAAGAGGCAACAAAAUUAUACUAGAUCAGGUAGUAAAAUGAGUUCGGACGCAAUUAUACAAUGUCUCCCAUAAAUAAAAUAACAUUCAAAUAUGAACAAAGAAAAAUAUCUACAAAUAUUAUUAUUUCUUCGCAUUUUGAUUUAAUUGCAUUAUUUAUUAUGGAUUGGACAAAAAUUGCGUGACGUUAAAGGUGUCUCGUACUUCUAAAAUUGGCGGCAAAAUCUGAACAACUUUGUGGAAGUUGCUUUUGUGUGUCAACGUGUUUCUUUGUAAUAUUACAUACGCCAGCACUUUUGCAAACUAUGUGUUAGAAAUCUUUAUUUGUUAACGUCUGUAAUAGAAUCUGCAUCAAGUAACGACACAAUAGGUAAAUAAUGUAUCUAAUCUAUAGUUCAUUCCAAUAAACUAGACAUAUUAUAGCCAUAACUGUUUAUACACUUUAAGAUUUCACCAGCUUUAUAUGUAAGUAUACGAGUAUCUUAGGCAAUUCUGUUUGAACUAUACAAAUUAUCCUCUAGUCAAAUUUAAAAACUCACGACAUUUGCCUAAAACUUGGCCCUACCUAUUAUCACGAAUGAAACACUACGUUGGUACGUUAUUAAAUAAUCUAAAAUUAAUAAUAUUAAGUAGUCCUACUAUUGCUGAGGAAAGUCACAAACUAUAAAAGUUCUGAAGAAUGAUGAUUGAUGUCAAAGUCGCUUAUCAACACCAAAACACGAAUAUUUCAUCAAACACUCAAGCGUGCAUAGCAAUAACUUUACCCAUUCUUCUUUCUAUGGCGUUCUUCGUUUCGUAGUACCAUUUCUCUACUGCGGUGUUGUUCUUCAAGUCCUGGAAAGCCGUGCAUCCUUCAAUGCUGCUGAGAACUCCGAAAACUGUCACGUCGGCUAGGUUUGGCUUGUCGCCCCCCAGGAAGGGAGUGCCUUUCGAUUGUACUGCACCCAUCCAUUCAUUGACCGCGUCAUAGAGCGACUCACGUGGAUCGUCCUUAAUUUUGUGCCUGAAAUCCCAAAGCCAGUUUGUUUAACACACUAAGUACCUAAAUCAAGAAAGGUAAUUAAUGUUUUUAUUUUUAAGGGGGAAAAUCGUCGAAUAAAUUCUGUGGAAGUGUCAGACUCUUACUGACUAAAAACCAUCAGUAUGUAAAUUAGUAUUUUAAGUUGACACACAACUAAUUAGUAUAUGAAGAUGACACUAAAAAUAUUUAAUACUGCCAUUGAAUAACUAAUACUACCAUUAAUAUACCAGCAACAGUCAAAUGUAUCAGAUAUUCGGGUAAGAAUCAAAGCAAUACCUGGUCUUCAGCCUCUUAGAAAUCAUAUACAUGGCGGCGGCACCAAUGUAUACCAUGAGAGUGCACUCCCACGCGGGGAAGAACUGCCUCCAGCCGCCAGCCUGCUCAAACCAUUGGAAAGUCUCAAGAGCUUCGCCAGCCGUCCUGUAUACGUUGGGGGAUAGUGUGUUGACAAGGACUCGGUCGGCCCACUGACGCCACUGGCGCUCCUCA